AGCACACGGACUCGACAUCGUUCCCGCUGGAGCGAAUAUCAACAUGCAGGACGACAACAGUCCGCUUGGUUCCGAAUCCGACGGCAUGAUAAGGAACCUAGGCGCCGACCUGCCAGACGCUGAUGGCACGGGCUUUGCCAGCGACGACAAUGAACAGCAAAUCGAAGUCAGGCAGCCACCCAAAGCCUUUGCAGUGAUUGAUAAGCGAAAAUCUGUGCCGUCGAUAUCUGCCACGAGAAAAUCUACCGGCAAGCUCACACGCCCUACGCGACCCAGCGAGCGACAUGUGCCUGCGCCGCGCCUUGCGCCUAGCGCCCCACACGGACAAAGGAAAUUGCAAGGGCCUGCGCGCGAUCCGAUGGCAUUCAAUGAGUCUCCCAGACCUAUCCUGCCCCCCAGAGCUGCUCAGCCGGCGCAAUUCUCGCCGACGCGAAAGCGGAAGCGCCAAGUGGAGGCGGAUCAGCAAGCUGCAGCAGAGACUGUAGUUGUGAGAGACGUUCAAGGAGAGUCGCGUGAGUCUGAUCAGGAAGCAGAUGCAGCUCCGGGAGCAGAUGACCGGGAGGGGAGCGUGGGGAGCGAAGCCAUUGCUCAGGAGCCGCCACAAAGGCGGCAGAGGCAGCGACGCGAGAAGGGUCAUGCUUCGCGACGAUCUACACGGCUCCACCCUAUAGACGAGAAAGUAGGUCAUGAGCAAGUUGAAAGCGCUGCGCGGGUCGAAGAUGUCCCCCGUCUCAAACCUGGUCCUGUAGCAAAUCGUCAUUCUCUCUAUCCCGAAGGAAACACUUCGGUCGAGGCUGUUGAAGUGGAAGAACAGGAUAGUCAGAAAGCGCAAACUACUCAGCGUGCCCAUGCUGGAAAAGCGCGGGUCGUCAGAAAGGAGAAGCCUCGGCGCACUCGACCAGAAGAGCAAACCAAUGGAGGAGCGCAAGGGCAAUCUUCCAACAGAGCUAUGGCUGGUACGGCGCGAGGUUCAGGCCGAUCAGAAGGCUCGAAAUCAUCCCAAAUAUCACGCGACGCCGCCAGACCAGGAACAGGCUCCUCAAACUCUGCUGCGACAGAAGACGAGACGAUGGUAGACGAGCGUGACGAUACUCUUCGACUAUACGACCAGGAGUCCCGGCUGAAGGACAUCUACUUGGCACUCAAAGACAUAGGAUGGUCGCAUUGUGAAGGCGAGCAGCACAAGCGCACUGAGAUCGACCUCGCGGAUCCGGAAGUCAUUCGCUUGAAGGAGCUAUGCGUCAACGCGAGAAAGAAGCUCGAGCAGCCAGCUAGUAGAUCAUCAGAUCGACUGCCAUGCAUGGACGAAUUGGGCCUCAUCGAAGACGGUUUGCUAGAUUUGGACAACGACCAAGCCUACUUCAACAGCAGAACCAAGAUGACGAACAUGUACUUCUACCUCGUUCCAAAUCUCGUCAAACUGUUGAGGGGGGUAAUCCGAUACUUCCAAGCGAAGGACAACCUGGCAUCCACACGGUCCUCGAUUGAAAUCGAUAAUGUCCGUUUCAUCGUCCAGGUCAUGCGUCCUAUCGUCAAUUUGAAAGGAACUUUGGAGAAAUACCCCAAGCCAGUCGGACUCAACAUGAGGCUGCCGGUCAGGAACGACGUCCUACUUCCUCUCAAUCAAGUGCGAAUUGCGUUGCAAGGCGUCGUAGCUACGCACAAUCGCCGAGAGGAACUAGCACGCCAACGCACUCAAGACGCUAUUCUGGCCGCUGAACGCGAACAAAGAUGGGUAGAGGAGGCAGAAGAGGCCCGCCGAAGGCAAUACCAGAAGAAAAAGUGGCAGCAACUGCACCUGCAACGCCGAGACGCCGAAUAUAUCAUCGACUCUGUGGCCAAGCUGGAUCACCUCGCGGUCCCACCUCUCGUAGAUAUCGAUCACAACGGCGAGCCCUUCGAGAGAAUUGCACUCUUCACAUCACGCGUUGGACCGCCUCCGAGCAAGACGACGGCGGCCAGGGCAAAGAUUCGUCCCGAACACGAACUGGCGGCUUUGGAAGCCGGCCUCAAGGCGUACGCAGGACCUCGUGUCUAUCAGGAUAUCUUCGAAACAUACUGCGUCCAGCAUGGCGUAUUGACCGAUUGGAGUGUCACGGAGAUCGUAACUCUGGCGGCGGAUAUUGUGGCUGUGGAGAAACGGGAACAGAUGAAAGAGCAGGGUUAUGUGGAGGAUUGGGUUGAGCAGAUCCCGCUCUGGACGGCGCCGCAUCCUGACCUGGUUGAACAAGGGCAGGAGAACCGGGCGGGGGUUGAGGAGGAGGAUGAGUGGAUAGAAGUGUGA